AUGGCAACACUCAUCUCUACAAAGCAAAAGCAAAGGCCAACAAUUUAUCGAAUUGCCUCUUGUCCCACGAAUAAUGCGAUAAACGAGAUCGACCGCUUCAUCUUUCACCAUCCGCUAACGGUAGCCUUACGACGAAAUCCUCAAUAUCGGGAGUCACGGCCACAUCUGGACACCCCAGCAAGACUGCGAAGCGAGAACCUUUUAACAGGUGCGCUCGCCGGGCAUCAAAAGAUAACUGUCCCGCCAUAUGUUUUUGAGGACAGAGGCAAGAGCAUGAUCAUGAUAAUGCAUCUUGGUGGGGAUGUUUGCAGCUACUCAGGGAUCGUUCAUGGAGGACUACUAGCCACUAUAAUGGACGAGUGCCUAACCCGCUGUUGCUGUCCGGCAUUCGAAAAGAAGGUUGGCGUGACGGCAAGUCUCAACAUCGAUUACCGGAGUCCAGCGAAGGCAAACUCGUUCUAUGUUCUGAAAGCGGAUGUGACGGAGUUUCAAGGACGCAAGGCCUGGGUAACAGGUCGGAUUGAGACUUUGCCUGUUCCUGGUAAAAAGACAACUCUCAUCGCUGAGGCAAAGAGUCUUUUUUUGGAGCCUAGAGAAACUGAAGGCCUCGAUGGUCUUUACAAACAGACCUAA